GUUAUUUACAUUGAAUUAGUAUUUUCUAAUUUGCAAGCAUAUUUUUUUAAUAAUUCAUAGAUUUUAUGUAACUUUAUAACAGAGACCAAAUAUUUCUAGGCAUGCGCUUUUAGGAUAAAUUUAAAACAUAAACCUUUAUAGUGGAACAUAUUGAGUGGCGUGUUGUUUUCUUUUGGUUUACUACAAACUAAAACGAAAAAAGCGGUUUAAAUAACAUCCAGCUAAAAAUAAAUAACAUAGGUACAUACAUAUCUAAAGUGAAAGUUAAAAAAAGUUGAUUUUAAUUAAGCGUUUGGCGUAAACUUAAGAUAAAUCAUGUUAUCACUAUGUUGGAGAAAUAAUUUAAAGAUACAUCAAUUUGAUGUAGUCAGCAGACAAACCAUGGGACAACUUCUGAAGUACACCACUUCAAGGUACCACGUCCAACAUCAACACCACCAACAAACACUGCGUAAACAUACUCAAGUUGAAGCUGCUGUUGAUGACAAAACAACAACAACAACAACAUCAACAACACCACAAAAUAGUUCCAAAAUCAACAAUAUGAAGACAUCAACAUCAUCAGUAUUUUCACCAUACACCAAGGAGGAAUCUUAUCAAAAAAUGCAAUUAAAGCAUUUACAGCAACAACAGCAACAACCUUCACAUCCAUCUGAAUUGCCAGUAGCAGCAACAACUUCCAAAGCUACAGCUACACCAGCAACAAAUCCGGUUCAUAUACCCUAUAAUAUCGAUUGGGUAUUUGAGAGAUUAAAAAAUCCUAAUGGACUUUGGUUCAUCUGCAGUCAAAUUGCCAUAUGUGCCGUAGGAUUAUUUAGCAAACUUGUACUAGUUAUUAUGAAUAAAACAAAAGUUUAUAAUAGAGAAAGACUGAUAGAAGCAGUGGCUAAACGACCACCCGGAGUACCCUUAGUAACAGUAUCAAAUCAUCAUUCCUGUUUUGAUGAUCCCGGACUAUGGGGUGUUUUGCCAGUGCGUUACGUAUGUAAUUCCUUAAAAAUUAGAUGGUCUAUGGCAGCCCAUGAUAUUUGCUUUACAAAUAAAUUUCAUUCGACGUUUUUUAUGUUUGGAAAAUGCAUUCCCGUAAUACGUGGCUGUGGCGUUUAUCAAGAUGCCGUCGAUAUUUGUGUACAAAAAGUGAAAUUAGGUCACUGGGUACAUGUGUUUCCUGAAGGCAAAGUGAAUAUGACUAAAGAAGAGAUGCGCCUGAAAUGGGGUGUUGGUCGUAUUAUUUACGAAUCUUCCAAAGUGCCUAUAAUUAUACCCAUGUGGCAUGAGGGCAUGGACGAUGUGCUACCAAACGUUGAACCCUACAUUAUAAAGUGGGGCAAAAGAGUAACUGUUAAUAUUGGCAAACCUAUAGAUAUGAAUGAUUUUAUAAAUGAUUUAAAAAGUAGAGGAGUUCCUGAACCAGAGGCUAGAAAACUAAUUACCGAUAAAAUACAAGAGGUAUUUCAUAAUUUACGCUUAGAAACCGAAGAGCUUCAUAAAAAACACAAAUAGAAUUUCGUGUGAAUUGUUGUUUGUAUUUUUUUUACUUUACUUUUACUUUUUUCUUAUAGUAAUAAUAAGUAAAACUAUCUAUAGUAUAUAUUCUUGAUAUGAAAUCUGUUGAUUUUGGUUUUAAAUUAAGCAUUUGUUAAUUUAUUGCCUUUUUAAUGUUUUACUUUAAAACGAAAAUAAAAUUUAAAAAAAAACAAAAACAAAGAAAUCAUGUAAAUUUGAUACAAAAGAUGAAUAAUAUUGAAUAUUAUUUUUUAAGAAAUAAGCUUACUGUGAAACUAAAACUGUGUCGUGUUAUUUAUUGAGAAGACGAACAAAUGAGUCCUAAAUAAAUUGUAUAUAUUUAAAAGAAUAA